AUGGCAGAUGAAAUGAAAAAACGUUUCUAUAAAACUAUCACUGCACUUAUUGCAAAUAAGGGAAAAAAUAAUCAGUUGUUUGCAAGUGAUCAAUAUUUAUCUUUAAUUUUAAAAGUAAAAGCAUCAAAGAACAAGAAUACUAAGAAAACACCUGAAGAAUACCAGCGCUUAGCAAGAUACGAUGUCGUCAAAAUUGGAGCAUCAGAAAAACUAAUAAUUCCGGUGAAAAACGAAGGUGAUCCCAUUAUAUACUAUGCUCACUUAGACGAAACUUUUCAAAUAAUCCACGACUGUCAUAUUAGUAUUGGUCACGGCGGCAGAGUCAGAAUGAUGAAAGAGUUAAAAUUAAGAUAUAAAAAUGUAACUGCUGAACUCGUCACUGUGUAUUUGAAUCUGUGUGAAUCUUGUCAGAAAAAAAAAAGUUUGCCAAAAAAAGGUCUUGUUGUAAAACCGAUUAUCAGCAACGAACUUAAUUCAAGGUGUCAAGUUGAUCUUGUAGACAUGCAAUCUCAAAGUGAUGGUGAAUUUAAAUUCAUUAUGGUCUAUCAAGAUCACCUAACAAAAUUCGUGCAGCUGCGGUGUUUAAAAAGUAAGCGAGCAGAAGAGGUAGCGUAUCAUUUAUUAGACAUUUUUACUACAUUCGGAGCGCCUAGUAUAUUGCAAAGCGAUAAUGGUAGGGAAUUUGCUAACAAGGUGGUCAAAGAAGUCUGCGCGAUGUGGCCGGAAUUAAAAAUCGUGCAUGGCAAGCCCCGACACUCUCAAUCACAAGGGUCUGUUGAAAGGGCUAACCAAGACGUAGAGAAGAUGCUUUGUACUUGGCUAGAAUCUAACAAGACGACGAAAUGGUCUGAAGGAAUACGUUUUAUUCAAUUUAUGAAGAACAGAGCGUAUCACGCAGGGAUAAAUCGUAGCCCUUACGAAGCAAUGUUUGGCUGUAAACCUAAAGUCGGAUUAAAUAAUCUUCCUAAAGACGUGAUAGUUGAACUGUCAACAGAAGAAGAGCUAGAAUCUAUACUGAAAGAAGACGAAAACCAGUUCGAUGAGGAGAGGGAAGCCGAACGCAAUAUUACCGACGCUGUGUUUAAUAAAGAUGAUGAAAUAGAGAGUCUAAACACUGAUUCGCAAAAUAAAAUUCUAGACAACCUGACAGGAAAACCUGAUAACGAGAACAAAAACCAAGGAAAUACGUCAGAUCCGUCAAAUAUAACGCAGUGUGUAAGUGACCAAGAAGUAGUAAUUGCUCUCGAUAAAAAGAAACAAAACAUUGCAAAUAUCAGAAAAUUAGUUGGACAAUCUCUGCAAAAGCAAGCAGAUAAAAUGUUAGCCCUAUCUUCGCUAAAAUAUCCUGCUGCUAAUAGAGGUGAUAAUGUAGUGGUAAAGAUUCCAGAUGUGGACCGCGCCAAAGCCGAUGAUAGAAACAUUAUGGCUGUUAUAAUUUCUCAGGAAACAGAAGGAAUGUACAAGUUGGGCACGAAGCAUGGGAUUCUAAAUCAACUUUACACAAGAAAUCAGUUCACUGUCUGCAAAGAAACAUUUAUUAAAACUGAUAUCAUUCCCCAACAUGAAGUUACCAUCAGGGAAUGUGCAAAAAAAGAGUCGCAUCUUGGUGGCCAAGGAUUUCAGCAUUGCAACUGUACUGGAGAGUGCGUUUCUAAUAAGUGUAAAUGUAAAAAGUCAAACCUUAUGUGUAACUCAAAAUGUCACAAGAGCCUUACUUGUAAGAAUAAAUAA